CGCAGGUCGGUGGGCUCGGCAGCGGCUUCCCGUGCGCGCGGCCAACGGCUGCUGACUGCGGGCCGCGCGGCUGAGCGGGCUCCGGGCCCCGCCGGCUCGACGAGUUUAUUACCUUCAGGAGAUGGCCUCUUCCAAGUCUUUGAUGAACCUUCUAACCUUCACUUUUGGAUCAGCAAUAGGAUUUUUUGUAUGCUAUCUUCUGUUUAGCAUUAUACUAGAAGAACAAGUGAAGAUCCAGCCUCAUGUCCUUCACAAUGAUCCGCAUGGUCAGCACUCAUCAGAUACUGAUAGCAAUCAGCUGCAAGGGCAGAUGAAUUUCAAUGCAGACUUUGGACAGCAUAAAGAUGAGAAUAAAAAUAUUGCAGAGGGACUGUAUCAGAAGGUGAAAAUACUGUGUUGGGUCAUGACUGGACCUCAGAAUCUAGAAAAGAAAGCCAGGCAUGUUAAGGCCACUUGGGCCCAACGUUGUAAUAAAAUACUUUUUAUGAGCUCCGAGGAAAACAAAGACUUCCCAACUGUGGGCCUAGAAACCAAAGAAGGCAGAGACCAACUGUACUGGAAGACUAUUAAAGCUUUUCAGUAUGUGCAUGACCAUUAUUUUGAUGAUGCUGAUUGGUUUAUGAAGGCAGAUGAUGAUACAUAUGUUAUAUUGGACAAUUUGAGAUGGCUUCUUUCAAAAUACAGUCCUGAACAGCCAAUAUAUUUUGGAAGAAGGUUUAAGCCUUAUGUGAAACAGGGCUACAUGAGUGGAGGAGCAGGUUAUGUUCUGAGCAAAGAAGCUCUGAAGAGAUUUGUUGCUGCAUUUAAAACAAACAAAUGCUCUCAUAGUUCUUCAAUUGAAGACCUUGCACUAGGAAAAUGCAUGGAGAUCAUAAAUGUGGAAGCAGGAGAUUCUAGGGAUACAAGUGGUAGAGAAACCUUUCAUCCCUUUGUUCCAGAACAUCACUUAGUCAGAGGAUACCUGCCAAAAACAUUCUGGUACUGGAAUUACAAUUAUUAUCCUGCUGUAGAGGGUCCUGGAUGCUGCUCCGAUCUAGCAGUUUCAUUCCACUAUGUUGAUUCCAUGACUAUGUAUCAAUUGGAAUAUUUGAUUUAUCAUCUCCGUCCGUAUGGGUAUUUGUAUCGGUACAAUCCUGAUCCGGUAACCAAUCCAGAAGAGCAGAGCAAAAAUGAAGCACUGGAGGAUAAUCAGAAGCUAAAGCAAAAAGUUAAUGAGAGUUAAUUAGACUUCGAAGAAAGCAAAAAGAAGUCAGUACUAUGAGUAGGAGUCUCCUCAAACUCCUGCAUGGAGCUUGCAGACUGAAAUUACUGAUAGUGAUUCUUAUUUAAAAAAUCACAUUGGCAGUGCUGCCUGUCGCUGUCUGUGUACCAUAGAAUCUGGUGCUGGCUCUGACUGUUUGGGAUAGUGUGACCUUGCUUACCUGCUUAAUGAAGAUUUAGGGCUCUCAAGCUGUGAAACAGGAGGUUGUUCUGAUACACUAAUACCUGGAAGAAUUUGUAUGAAACUCAUAGUGGAUGGCUUCAAAGAUAAUCAUACAGUAUUUCUGUUCCUUUUUUUUGUUCUUCUUUUCCUUCCAGCUGUUCUGUUAAAUAAGCUCUAAUGGUAGAAAGUUGAUGCUGCAUAGUCAAAUACUUGAUGAUGGCUUUCUCUAGCAUUCUCAGUAUCUUGAAAUUAUUUUGUGUACCUUGCCCUACAAGGGAGAGGAGUGAAAAUAGUCUGCUUUGCCCUAAUGGCAGACUGGCUGUUAUGAAUAGGCAGAGAUCCACCCAAUCGAUUAAUCUUGAGUUUUUUCAGAAAUGAAAUUCACUGCUAUGAAUUAUUUUUAACUUUUUUAAGUCUCUUGUACAAAACAAUAAGAAGUUGGAUCACUACUGUUUUAGGGAGAAACACAGAAAUGGUUACUGUUGUUUCAGUUGCUGAGGCAAGGCAAGCUGCUUACAUACUUACCUGUAGCUUUUUUAAUGUUUCUGUUUUGCAUUAAAUUAUUGUAUGGGUUGAAUGGUUAUAAAAAUUCAUCUCAGAAUUUCUCAGCACAAGUUAAGGUAGGUGCUUUUUGAAAUAGAAGUUUCUCUUCCAUCCCUCCUUUCACAUGAACCAGGAAGAAUAGUAUCUUGGCAAAGUUACAAUGACAUUAUAAUAUCUUGGUUUCAGCCAGUAUUAUAAUUAGUUUGUUUCCAUUUAAUUUUCGCAUCACUAUACUUUGAGACUGUGGAGUUACCUUAUACAUUAAAGUUUUACAGAUACAAGAAAGUCCCAUUUUAAAACCACAGUAAAGCUGAUUUGACUGCUUCCCUACACAUCUCAUUUAUUUGGCUGAAGUACUUAAUUUCAGGGUUUUUUUUUGUUUCCAAUUUUUUUUUCCUCCACCUUUAAAAAUUUCUUCUGUUGCUGCUGCUUGUUACCUUUUUCAGGACAAAGUGUUAAAUGAUCCUUAUCUCAGUCUUUGAAGUUGAAGUAUAUAGUUAUUCAGGUAAGCCAGCCUGAAUGCAGUAAUCUUUGAAAGUGCAUUAACUUUCACCAUUACUUUGAGUAUCUCUGCCUCUUAACUGAAGACACUUUCUUGGUGUGGGAUAAAAAUAGGUAUUUUAAUUACUGGAAGAUUUUCAGAGGCCAAGUCUAUGUUUUCUGUAGUUAAUAUAAAACUUUCUGGUUUUCUCUUUCAAACUGAGUGAAUAGCAGUGUGGGGGAUGGGAUUAGGCUUGGUGUCUAGUGUGUCUUUAUUCCACACUUGAACAAAAGUUUUGUCAUCUUUUUAUCACUUUUCACCUUCAUCAUAUUGAUGAAUUUGGACAUAACCUAAUUACCUCCAGUCAUUGUUUUGGAAAGGGCACAUACUGGUAGCAGACAGCCUUAUUUACUACUGCUGUCCUUCAGGAUGUUCCUGAAAGAGGAUGUUACCAUGAAGUACUGGAUUUACAUUUUUUUUUUUUCCAAAGAUAGUCCUUGUACAGGUUGGGCUUCUUCUGUUUGUUGCCCAGCAGUAAACAGUCAUGGCUUCCUUUCUGUGCAUUGCUCAGCAGCAUAAUAGUGAUUGCUGAAGUCUCUCAUGGAGCUGAAUUGUUACAUACUUCUCUGCCUGAAUACAGGCCAGGUUCAUACAUGAAGUGUUCAUUAAAUGAAUAGUUCCUGCAUGGUUAAAUCUGCUGGUCUUUUAUCAGAAAGACUGCCUCUGAAGUACUGAAAGGGACAUGAGCUUUAUUUUAUGUUAAUUGACUUAAGUAGGGAAUUAUAGCUGCAUUUGUUUAAAGAAGGAAAAGUCUCCAGUUUGCUCUAGUAAAGGGUUGCUAGUCCAGACAAGAAUCAGAGGUACCAUGCUGAAAGGUGCUUCCUUCUGUGAGCGAAACGUUUAUCCCGUGUGCAGCACAAACCAGGGAUAUUGUGAACUCCAUACAGUUUUGAUCAUUCCAGUGGUAUUGUUCAAGCAUGCAGUUAAAAUUUUCUGGGAUACUUGGGGAAGUUAUCAAAUGAAACCAAGAUACCAACUUAAUCUCUUGGUAAAUUCAGCCCAUGUAAAAGAUCUCCUAAUUAGUGUAUAGUUCCUUUAUUUCAGCUUCUUUCCUCAGUUCAGCUGUGCAGAUUUAAAGAUUUUCUACCAGAACAGGCAGAACUAACUCUGCAGACUUUUUUGCAGAGUUGUGUCUUGUGUGUGCCCUGUGCUUCUCUGAGAAGUAACAUCAUUUAUUCUUCAUGUUCCUUACUGUCCUGACUUCUGUCUUUGGGUUUUCAGUUUCAUCAUGCACAAGUCUCAGGUGAACAAGAGGAAGGAGGCAGGGAGAGCUCUACACAAGUCUGGUUGCCAAGGUGGCAAGUUGAAUCAGGCACCACUGCGCUGCCAGUGAAGCAUUUUCUCGGCAGCACUUCAGUUCUUGUCUGCUGCCCAGCUGUGGCUUGUGCAUUUAGCAGAGCAGGGCAGGAAUGUCUCUUUCAACAAAUAUGCGAGACCGCGAAGAUAAUGGAGGAAUAAAGGAACAAGUUCCAUUUCUUGAGGGAGUAAGGCUAAGAACACAAGGCUACCUUGUGAUAAAUAGGUGGCCUAUCUGGAGAAAUAAGAGGAACCUUUUCUUGAAACAUCCAUUCUUGCUUUGUUUUAAAGUGUCCUUGUGCUUAGGCCUCAGAAUCUGUUUCUUUUGCCUUUCCAACAGCACUGCAAAGAAUUCUUUUUUUCCUUCCAGACAAGCUAGAAAAGUAUCAGUUUUUACAUUCCACAAUUGUAAUAGAGGGCUUUUGUUCUGUGUUGAGUUGUACUGCCAUAGCAAUGAGCUGAAACCUCUGAAAUAACUGGUUUGUAUCUCACUACCUUCAAAAGCUUCAGUGGACAUGGUUAGAAUGUGAGCAGUUCAUAUCAUUUUCAUGUAUAAUAUUCCAUGAUAAUAUUGGUAGUUAUUGCACUCCCAGGUCUUUGUGCUUUGAGAAGGCAUUUUUUGAGCUUGGGUACUUACACAGCCUGAGGAGGCUGCUGUACUUGAGGUGGCUAGGCCUUCCCAAAGGACAGGGGCACAGGCUCUCUUAGGCCAUACAGGUUAUUGCCCUGUGCUUUUGUUUUAUUUCUAAAAGAGGCUUCUCAAUUUUUCUAGACCUAAAAGCUUCCAUUGGUACCAUAGUGAUUUAAAAAAUUUUAACUCCUUUCCUUGAGAUUAUGAGGCAGCAGUUGCUUGCAGCUGGAUGUGGGAAUGUCACUUAGUGUAAGAGAGUAACAUUUUAACCCUGUGGUAAGUGGAUUUUAGUUGGGAGAGAACAAGGAUGCCAAGAAGUUACUUUCUGAUCACUGUGCUUAAUAAGAGGAUAGUAUUGGUUUUUGCAGAAGAAGACUGAUUUUAAUCUUCUUUCACACCCAAUUUACUGUUGGGGGGGUGAGGUGUGGUUUGGUUUUUUGGUUUGUUUUUGGGUUUUUUUUGCAGUCUCUGUUGGUCUUAUUUAAGUGUUUAAAUGCUGGUGAUGUUAGCAUUUUGUGGCAGCUAUUUUCUCUUUUUUGAGUACCUUUUGCUUUUAGGGACACUUUCUUUUUUUUUUGCUUUGGUGGAGCUAUAUAUUAAAAAUCACUUUUUCUUUGUGUGUUGCUGUCAUUCUGUUAGGCUUCCAGAAGUAUAAAUUUUAGACCUCUUAUGAACAGUUUGCUGUUUGAGCAGGGUGUUUUAUUGUUGUAUAACACAAAAAUGUGGGUCAUUUCUGAUGUGCCUGCUACAGAUGUUCAUAGUGCAGGCAUGGGUGAAAACAGAUCCCUUAAUACACAACCACUUGUAAAGGCAGUUUUGUCCUUUUUCUGUCAAGAAAAGUUUCUGUGGAACUCCAAAAGUGUAAUUUCCUUUGUUUUACAAUAUUGUAUUUAAAAUACUCUACAAUGUUGUUAAUGCUCCAAAAGACCUGAAUAAUGCUGCUGGACAGUACGCUCUACUUCGAACCUGUGAAUGUUUCACUUUGCAGUAAUAGGUAGUCGUGUCCCUAAUGGCAUGUAUGAGUUGGUGACUUGUUGGGAAUGUUCAUCAUAAGGAUUUGUUUCUUAAAUACCUUCUUUGAAGUGCCUUUGACCAAUUUUUAGCAUCAAAAUUAAGUUGAGAUUUGAAUAAAUAAAAUAAGUUAUCUCAUA